ACGACAGGUACUACUCUGCAUGUCAGAUCCCAUCCACACGGCGCCAAUUCAACCCACUCACGACAGCUUCGCCGCAUUCACAAGUAGCAGUGUGGUCCAGCACUGUCACUCUACAUUUCCACCCAAGACAACUGAUGUGAUCUGCGCUGCGCUGCCCUGCCAAAGUAGGCAUUUACCGGCCCGAUGACGCCGCUGCCGUACUACUCCCUGCUUCCAGGCCUUUUGUCCUUGGCAAAUAUUCCCAAUGUCGCUCUCUGCGGACCAGAUUUCCGGGCCCAGCCCUGGACGCCUAUCAGCAAGCGCUCGGUCGAGGAGAUUAUCGAGAAACUGGGCCUGAUCCCCAACGUCGAGAAGGGCUACUACGUUCAGACAUUUGAGGACCCCUACACCAUCCCGUACCUGAACCGCUCAGCGAGCACGGCUAUCUAUUACCUCCUCGAGGGCAGUGCCGGAGACUCGGUCUGGCACCGCGUAGACGCAGUCGAGGUCUGGCACUAUUAUGCCGGCGCGCCCCUAGUCCUGUCGCUUUCAUUUGACGACGGGCAGCCUCUCCGGGAGCAGACCCUCGGCCCGGAUAUCUUUAACGAUCAGGAGCCGCAAGUGGUCGUCCAGAAGAGCGAGUGGCAGUCUGCGAGAAGCUUAGGGGAGUGGACACUAGUGGGGACAACAGUUGCUCCUGGAUUUGUGCCAAGUGGCGUUGAGCUUGCGGACCCCGAUUGGACCCCAAAUACGGCAUAAUUGGUUCAUCUGUGAAUACAAGCAAGGUCUGCAGGGGCUAGGGUAGCUGUGCUAGGAGUGACAAAAUACGGACUGGCUUCUCGAGAGGGUUUCCACACAAUACCUUCUAAGUUCCUUACUAGAAUCACGUACAUUAUUACAACUUGAAGAGCACAGCCACAUUUCAAAAAGUUGUUAAAUCUCA